AGUCUCUUGGUCAUAUUAGAGCAAUAAAAAAUUGAGAAAAUACACGGAGAACUAUGGUGAAUUCUCCAUCAUCGGAGCAUGAUGGCGUCGUAGAAAUCAACAAACAUGUACCCGAAGAUCGAGAAUCCGAUUGUCUAUUAUCUGACGAUGAUGGUGAUGAUGAUAAUGAUAAUAAUAAUGAUAAGAAUAAAAUCUUGGCCAUUGAACUAGACAGAGCUGAGGCCCUUGAUGGGGUCCCACAUUUCUCAUGGAAGAAGUUAUGGGAGUUUACAGGGCCUGGAUUUUUAAUGAGUGUUGCAUUUCUCGAUCCAGGGAAUUUGGAGGGAGAUUUGCAGGCUGGAGCUAUCGCGGGCUACUCGUUGCUAUGGUUACUUAUGUGGUCUACUUUCAUGGGGUUGCUCAUUCAGUUGUUGUCCCUUAGGUUGGGUGUUGCUACGGGACGACAUUUGGCUGAGAUCUGCCGGGAGGAGUAUCCAAAUUGGGCAAGGAUUUUGCUUUGGUUAAUGGCGGAGGUGGCAUUGAUUGGAGCUGAUAUUCAGGAAGUUAUAGGAAGUGCAAUUGCUAUUAAGAUACUUAGUCAAGGGGUUAUUCCUCUUUGGGGUGGUGUACUCAUUACUGCUUCUGAUUGCUUCAUCUUCUUAUUUCUGGAAAAUUAUGGAGUUAGGAAACUAGAAGCAUUUUUCGCUGUUCUAAUUUCCACUAUGGCAUUAUCAUUUGCCUGGAUGUUUGCUGAAACUAGGCCUAGUAGCAAGGAACUCAUAAUAGGUCUUUUGCUACCUAGACUCAGCUCAAAGACAAUUCAGACGGCUGUUGGAGUUGUCGGCUGUGUCAUAACUCCUCACAACGUAUUUCUAUACUCCGCUUUGGUGCAGUCUAGAAAAAUUAAUCCCAAAAAGAAAGACAAAGUGCAAGAGGCACUGAACUACUACUCAAUCGAGUCUUACAUUGCUGUUUUUGUUUCGUUCUCUAUCAAUUUGAUGGUAACAGCUGUGUUCGCUAAGGGUUUUUAUGGAACUUCGCAAGCUGAUAGUAUAGGCCUAGUAAAUGCAGGGCAAUAUCUUCAAGAAAGAUAUGGUGGAGGGUUUUUCCCAAUUCUCUACAUAUGGGGCAUUGGCCUUUUGGCAGCUGGUCAAAGUAGCACCAUGACAGGUACUUAUGCUGGACAGUUUAUAAUGGAAGGCUUUCUGAAUCUGCAGAUGAAGAAAUGGAUAAGGUCAGUGAUUACGAGGAGUUGUGCCAUUGUACCAACCAUAAUCGUGGCCAUUUAUUUCAACAGAUCAGAAGAUUCACUCGAUGUUCUCAAUGAAUGGCUAAACGUGCUUCAAGGCAUGCAGAUCCCAUUUGCUAUCAUACCUCUUCUAACAUUAGUGUCAAAUGAAAAGAUCAUGGGAAUCUUCAAGAUUGGGAAGCUCAUGGAGAGAACUGUGUGGACAGUAGCUGCCCUGGUAAUAAUGAUCAAUGGAUAUGUCAUGUUGAGCUUCUUCCUUUCUGAAGUUAAUGGCCUGUUGUUUGGUUUUGUGGCUUGCCUGGGAGCUUCUGCGUAUCUGGCUUUUCUUGUUUAUCUCAUUUCCCAACGUCAUAACCGUGCAGAGUUGAAUGGUUUUACUCACCUUACAAAUUGAGUUUACUACUUGAACCCGUGACCUCCUGGUCACAUAGCCCUUGUGGUCCGUCCCUUCCCCGGGACCCCGGGCAUAGAGCUUUAGUGCAAAACAGGAGAUUACAUUAGUAAAGGAAGAGUUCUUGAUUGUGAUAACAGCACUAGAGAGCUAUGACAAAAGCUGAGGCACUGAUCGAGUCCAUAUAGAUUAUAUGUUUGAAGUGUCUCAUUAUUACAAUAUCAAGAUACAAGGGAAUCAAGCAUGAAGAUUUAUGUUGUCUAGACCUUCCAAAUAUCUUGCCGCACUCGUAGUUGAUUCUCCGAAAAUGCAUAGCUUUUCGAGGAUCUGACACACAUCCGAUAGUAUUUUUAAAUAGUCCUAACCACAUAGAUAGAGAUGACUAAUGUAUCACAAGCAGAUAUUUUCUGCCACAUUGCCUCUAGCACUAACUGGAUUGGGAAGCUUUUUUAGUUUAGGCGGGUAAGACACAGGGAAAUUUAGAAAAUGCAGCUUACUAGGUUCUCGAUAAAAUAUUAUACAUAUUAAGUAAAUUUCUUAAUACAAAUACAAAGUUU